AUGGCCACCAACGAAGGCAACGUCGUUCAGGCCUUACAGGAGCAGAAACACUACGACGCGUUUCACUGGGUGUUGCCGGGCAGCGAGUUCAUUGCUGCAAAUGACAUCACGGAUUACUUCAUGAUUUACCUCCGCGCGAUUGGCGGAUGGUGCAUGCGGCGCGAUGCGUACAAUUACGAGGACGAGGAAAAGGGAGGAAGAGGAGGAGAAACAUUAGAAGAAGAGAAUGGGAAGAUAAACAUGGAUAUGGAUCCCAUCGGUGAAACACAAAAGCAGAAUGGCUGCGGUGGGGCGGAAACACUUUUCGUGACAUUGCAGAUGCUGCACAUGGAGCAGCCGGUCACACCAGUGCUGCAAUCCUCUCAUACACGCGGUGACGCCUGCAUAUUUGAUGAGUGGGUCAUAUUCCCCAUUUCCGUCCGUGAUAUGCCGCUUGACGCAGUGGUUCGGUGCUGUGUCUACUCCCGUCACGGUCUUGUAGGCUGCACAGCGUUUCACCCCUUUACAGCAAGUGGAAGGCUCAAGGCAGGACCACGGUGUUACAAACUGCACGCUGAAGGCUCUGCAGGUCCACAAAAAAAGGAAACGCCGCGGUGGGAGCUGCUUGCGCGGGAUCUUCACGAUGGUCUUCUGCAGCCGGUGCCGUGGAUGGACAAAAUUGUCGAGCGGCGUCUUGCGGAGAUGCGGGAAGUGCAGGAGUAUGAGGGCAGCGCACGGAUUGUCGCAGGGGAUGCAUCACCAACGCUCUCAUUGCUGUUUCCGCAAGUGCGCAGUCGCGUCCCGGUCUUCCUACUCUCUGUGCCGCUGAACAUGAUUCCCACAACGUUGCCGACCACCCCUCUUGCGGCGACGCCAACGCGGCCGUACCUUGAUAUAUGUAUGGGUGACGAAAACCUCUGUGAAGCGAAGGCGCAUGCCUUGUCCAAAUCCCUGUUUUUGAUCUCAGACGCUGAUGCAGACGUCCACCCAGGCCUCUUGGAGCGUCGUCAGCUGCAAGAAAUUAUGCGUAAGCCUUUGAUUCACUUAGAAGGACUCAAGGUUGACGAUGAAAUGCUUCUUUGGCGGUUUCGCUUCUUUCUUGCCCGUGAUCCCGCAUACUUUUUGCUCUUUAUGCGCUGCGUGAAUUGGAAAAACGAGGCAGAACAGCAGGAAGCCCUCAAAGUGAUGCAGCAAUGGA